CACCGCAACCAUGGGUAGAGGACCAAAGAAGCACCAGAAGCGGCUGUCAGCCCCAUCGCACUGGCUUCUCGACAAGCUCAGCGGUGCCUACGCUCCCAAGGCCUCGCCAGGUCCGCACAAGCUGCGCGACUGCAUGCCCUUGAUCGUCUUCAUCCGUAACCGCCUGAAGUACGCCCUCAAUGGCCGCGAGGUCAAGCAGAUCGUGAUGCAGCGCCUGAUCAAGGUCGACGGCAAAGUGCGCACCGAUCCCACCUACCCAGCCGGCUUCAUGGACGUCAUUUCCAUCGAGAAGACCGGCGAAAACUUCCGCCUCGUCUACGACACCAAGGGCCGCUUCACCGUCCACCGCAUCACAGAAGAGGAGGCACAGUACAAGCUCGGAAAGGUCAAGAGAGUACAACUUGGCAAGGGCGGCAUCCCAUUCUUGGUUACGCAUGACGCGCGCACUAUCCGCUACCCAGAUCCAGCCAUCAAGGUCAACGACACCGUCAAGGUCAACCUCGAGACUGGCAAGAUCGACGACUUCAUCCGUUUCGACACGGGUGUCAUCGCCAUGGCUACUGGUGGUCGCAACAUGGGUCGUGUCGGUGUCAUCACCCACCGUGAGCGCCACGACGGAGGUUUCAACAUCGUGCACAUCAAGGACGCUAUUGACAACGAGUUCGCUACUCGUGAGACCAACGUCUUCGUCAUCGGUCGUGAGAAGCCUUGGAUCUCCCUGCCAAAGGGCAAGGGUGUCAAGCUCUCCAUUGCCGAGGAGCGUGAUCGCAGACGUGCCUACGCUCUUGCCAACCACUAAGCAUCUUCUUCUCCAUCAAUCGUCGUGAUGUUUCGACUACGAAAAGAAGCAGCGGAGUUGGGGUUCAAGGUUCUGCGCAGAGAAAUCCUCUGCUGUACGGGAGAUGCAUGAGAUCCAGCACUGCCGGCGAGCAGAUUUGUUUGCGUGCGUGCGUUCCAUAGAUGCGAAUCAGAAAAAGCAUUCACGUCCCAG